CUGAUUUCUUAUCACCAUCUGACACCUCACCACAUACCCGCCGACCCUUCUUCAACAUGUUCUCACGCGCUCUUCGAACACCCGUCGCUCGAAGUCUAGCCUCUGGCAGCUUCGCCUCCCCCCUCCCCCUCUCCUCGACACGCUGCCUCUCCACCACCCUCCCCCGGCUGAGCGACGCUUCCUCUACCUCCUCCUCCUCCUCGUCAAACUACAAAAACAUCCUCGUCUCUUCUCCUGAAAAAGGAGUCACACUCAUCACGCUCAAUAGACCAAAGGCGCUCAAUGCCCUUAACUCGGAGCUCUUCACCGAGCUCAACCAUGCUGCCAAGACGGCAGAUGAGGAUGCGGGAGUCAAUGCCAUUGUGCUGACCGGCUCAGAAAAGGCCUUUGCGGCGGGAGCCGACAUCAAGGAGAUGCUCUCCAAGGACUUUUCCACUGCCUACAAGUCCAACUUUCUCGGUCACUGGACCGAGCUCACCCAAGUUCGUAAACCCAUCAUCGCCGCCGUUUCAGGUCAUGCCCUAGGUGGAGGUUGUGAAUUGGCAAUGAUGUGCGAUGUGAUCCUUGCUUCUUCCACUGCCAAUUUCGGUCAGCCGGAAAUCAAUUUGGGCGUCAUCCCUGGUGCUGGAGGAUCGCAGCGUUUGACAAAGGCGCUGGGAAAGUCUCUCUCUAUGGAGCUUGUACUCACCGGUAGAGGACUAAGUGCGGCAGAGGCAGAAAAGCACGGACUCAUCUCUCGCGUUGUGCCAGAGGGAGGCGAUGUAGUGGCCGAAGCAGUCAAGGUUGCGGUUCAAAUUGGUAAAAAGGGACAGAUUGCCGUACAGGCGGCAAAGGAGGCGGUCAAUGCCUCGUUUGAACUGCCACUGGCGGAAGGAUUGAGGGUGGAGAGGAGAUUGUUCCAAGCCUUGUUUGCUACAAAGGAUCAGAAGGAGGGAAUGGGCGCAUUUGCUGAGAAGAGAAAGCCCGCCUUCACUAACGAGUAGACACCAAUUCUCUGCAACGAUGAAAUGCAAUAUCCCACUUGGUUUUUUGCUAGCUAUACAUUCUGUGCUCCU